AUGGAGCAAUCGCUGGAUGAAGAUGAGAUGGAGAUGGGAAGAGGGACAUCGGGAGGAGCUGCAGCCGAGGCCAUGAUGAUGGACACGACGCCGGUGGAGAGGCGGCACGCUGGCGGCCACGCGUCAUCGGUGGUGCGGUCGCUGCGGCGGCUCUGCGUGGAGGCCGUGGCCGACCACUUCGGGCGCCACAGCCGCGAACUGCUCAACCUCAGCCCGGCCGCGCGCGAGCUCCUGCUUGCCCACCUCAAGGCCCGCUUCAACCCCGCCCGCCGCCACAGGUUUGUGCUGCCCGACGUGCGGUCGCUUGAUCUCUCGCGCUGCGCGACGCUCUCCAGCCGCACCCUCGCGGCCGUGUCGAGCCACUGCUUCCAGCUCACCGCGCUCGACCUAUCCCACGCCGCGUCGCUCACCGACGCCGACCUCCGCCCGCUCUUCCCCGCCUCCUUCCCCUUCAUCACCACCACCGCCGCCACCUCCGCUUCUUCGCUCUUUUCCUUCGCCGCGUCGGCUUCGCCUUCGUUCUCCUCGGCGGCGUCGAGUCCGGCCUCGUCCGGCGCGCUGGCCUUCCCGCUCACGGCCUCGCCGUCGUCGUCAUUGUCGACAACAGCGACAAUGUCGACAAGCAACUCGUAUUCGUUCGCGUCGUCGCCCGCGCCGCAGACACCGAUCGCGCAGCAGUCGUCGUCGUCGCCCGGCUUCUGGAACCGCUUGUUCUCCCGCUCGCCGCAGCCCGCCGCGUCGUCGUCGUUGGGGUCGGCCUCGGCCUCGGCCUCGCCGACGCUGUCGCCCGCCACGUCCAACUCGUCGCUGUCGUCUCUUCCCGCAGUCGCGCUGUUCCAGGGCGGCGGCGAUGACAUCAGCGGCCUCUCCACCAUGAGCCUCCGCGCCAUCAAUCUCCGCAACUGCUCGGGCCUCACCAGCGCCAGCGUCGAGAACAUUCUUCGCCUAUGGGGUUCGUCGCUGCAGUCGCUCACCCUGGACGGCGACCGCAUUAACCCGGCGAGCGUGGCCGCCCUCGCCAGCGCCUCGCACCUCACCCGCCUCGCACUCCUCCACUCGCCCUAUCUCAAGCCGAUUCCGGUGUCGGAGAUGAAGUCGAUGGACAAGGCCGAGGAGAGCAAGUACCCGGUGUUCGAGUGGCAGCUCAUGCCGGCCCUCCAGGGCUGCCUCACCCCGGCCAUGACCGAGCUCGUCCUCCACUUUGACUCCGAGACCAUCACCGAAGAGAUCGUGUGCCAGAUCGUCGGCCUGUGUGGCGCGAAGCUGCGGCUGCUGGAGAUGCCUCUGCCGUCGCCCGAGGCCUGGAAGUUGGUCCUCCGACACUGCACAUCGCUGCGCAAGCUCGAUCUCUACGGCUGGUACUGCACGGACGACGCGGUGAGUGGGAUGGCGCACUUCCCGAGCGCCACCGAGGUCACCGUGCGCAGCUGCUCGCUCUCCGACGAGUCCUUCAUCCGCAUCGCCGCCGCUUGCCCCAAAACCACGAAGGUGGAGCUGCGGUCGGUGGAGACGGUGACGGACGUGGGCAUGGAGGCCAUCGCCAAGGCCGUGGCGGGCAACCUGCGGGAGCUCACCAUCGCCUCCCUGGAGCAGGUCACCGACACCGCACUCCACCACUUUGCCGAAUACUGCCCCAACCUGCGCACCCUCCAACUCUCCGGAAUGUCGGCAGAUGAUCAGACGCAGACGCUGACCGGCGCCACGGUGAGGUUCGGCAAGCUCAAGGAGCUCCGCCUGUCGUCGCUCUACUGCCCCGAUCACACCGUGGCCGCCGUCCUCGCUCAGUGCACCCAGCUCCGCGCCCUGGUACAACCCAAUCCCAGAGCCCACGCGCCUCCCGCACUGGACGAUGUGGGCGGGAUGACGGGCGCAGGGAUCAAGUCGAGCAGCCUUUGGCACCUCCAGCUCCGCAGCACGCCCCAGCUCACCGACGAGGGUGUGGAGAGCAUGGUGAAGCAGUGCCCGGAGCUGCGCUCGGUGCGCAUCAAGCACCAGGCCACCCUGCUCCGGUCCCAGCUGUGCCUGCUCGACGCCCCGCGUCUCCUCGAGCUGCGCGUCGGCGAGGGCAACCUCCUCGACGACGCCCUCUUCCGCCCCGACUCCCUCCACCUCCACCAGCAGCCACCACACGACGACCACCGCCCCAGCCACGUCGAGAGCGGCGACGUGCUGAUGGCGACGGCGAAGGCUGAGGCAAUUGACGACAUGAACAAGGAGGCCGACGACGAGCGCGGCGCGGAGGCGGACCAAAAGACGAGCGAGGACCGCUACCGGCCGAGCGGCGCGGAGGCGGACGACGACAACGAGCGGGCGAGCAAGGAGAGCGAGGACGACCCCCGGCACCGACCACCGCCGCCGUCGCCGCCACUGACCAUGCCGACGGCGGUCGACGAGGUGGUGGGCGCUCCGGCCGACCACAGCGCCGACGCCGAGCGCGAGGAGAGCGGACCGGCGGCGGGGCUCGACAAGCCCGCCGAAGAAGCAGAGGCCGAGACCGGCGAAGUGGGCGCCGCCACAGCCCGAUCCGAGGAGCCGGUGGUCGCCGAGGUGGUCGCAGAAGAGGCUGAGCAGGACAAGGAGGCGAGCGUGUCCGCUGUCGACGUGUCGACCACCAACGCCGCGGCGGCCGACGAGGCGGCGAGCAGGCGGGAGGAGCAGGAGAACGGCGGCGAGGCGGAUGAGGCGGCGGCGGCGGUGGAAGCGGUGGCGGUGGCGGCCAAGGAUGAGAGCGCCAGGCAGGAAAGUGAAGAGGAGGUGGUGGAGGAGGAGCCGAUGGCCAUGUGCCCUCUGCUCGACGUCAAGCUCAAGAACUGCCCGCUCGUGACCGACAGGGGAAUAGGCACUCUGAUGCGGAGGUGCCGACGUAUGGCGCGAUUGCGGCUGUACUACUUCCCCCAGGUGACCGGCCGUACGCUGGGCGGCGCGCAUCUCCGCAGCCUCGUGCUCGAUCAAUGCGGCCUCACUAACGAUGGCUUCAUCAGCCUCAUCAGGGCGUCGCCCGGCUUGCGGGAAAUUGAGAUCAGCGGAGCUGGAGGCGCCGGGACGGGCCAUCCACGCGAACUCGAGUUCACCAAGUUGAGCGACGAGGGCUUGCGCGAGCUGGACCGCCACUGCCCCCGGCUGCGCUCGCUGUCGCUGAGCUUCCUCAACAGCGUCGCCCUCAAGGACAUCGCCCUGCCCCACCUCGAAAGCCUCGCCCUCGAGGACAUGCCCGCUGUGACGGAUGAGUCACUGGGCGGGUUCGUGGGGCGGAGCACGAGGCUGUGCCGGCUGGACGUGCGGGCCGGCGUGCUGCGGGUGGAGAAGGGGACACCAACGACGUCGUCGUCGUUGGCGACGAGCCGCGGCAGCCGCGGCAGCAAGACCAUGGUGGCGACGAGCGUCAUGAACGUGACGGCGCCCUUUGUGGAGGCCCUCAAGGCCGCACGGCCCAACCUCGCCGUCACCUACCGUCUCAUCGACUAG